AUGGCGGAUCAGGAAUCACAUAAAACGACCCAGGAUGGAGUUGCUCCCAACACAAUUAAAGCUUCUGGAUUUGGUGAUAGUGCAAAAGCAAGUCCAUCAAUUUCACAAUUCAUGAUGGGCAACAAGACGGAAUCAAUAAUGUGGUUGCUUCGAAUAUUCACACUGGUGUCAAUAUUCUUUUUUCUGUUUCCUGUCUUUGGAGUUGCUGAAGGAGGAUAUUUCUACCAGAGAGCAUUACUGGCUAAUGCCCUGACUAGUGCCUGCCGGCUGCACCAAAGGCUUCCCAGAUUCCAGUUCAGCAGAGCCUCUAUCACACAGGCACUUCUGGAGGAUAGCUGUCACUACUUGUUGUACUCACUUAUCUUUAUUACCUCCUAUCCCAUUACGUUAUGCUUGGUACCAGUGGCAAUGUUUUCUCUACUUCAUGCAACUGCUUACAGCAGGAAAAUCUUAGAUAUUAUUGGCCCUAAUUCUAUGCUAUGGAUGAGAUCCUUCUUAGACAAGAUGACAAUGCACCAGCAGAUCCUGUUCAAGUUCAUCGCAUGCAAUGAGAUUCUCUUGAUGCCUGCAGGUGUCUUUAUGUUGCUUGGUGGCCGGGCUCAUAUAUUCCUCCCUUUUUUCUAUUAUCGUUUCCUGACCUUAAGAUACGUGUCACGGAGAAACCCUUACUGCAGGACAUUGUUUUAUGAGCUUCGAGUGGCAAUAGAGCAGCUGACAGCCAGACCUUCCUGUCCAACCUUCCUCCGAAAUGCAUGUCACAAAGCUAUAAAGGUCAUUUGUAAGCUGGCUCCAGGGUCAUAGAGUUCGAGAUUCUCCUUAAUAUGAGAUAAUUUGCAAUUGGUGACAUUCUUUAUACUUAAGAAUUUCGAGGGAUAUUGUUUAUGUCGUUGUAUUUUUUUGGUUACUUUUAAUUAAUGACGACUGAAGUUCAUGUAUUGUUAUGAGGUUUUACAUUUCUCAACUUCAGAUGAUGAGGGUUUUUAAAAGUAUGUUUGCAUUAGAUUAAUUGCUAUUAGAGUGGAUUUUAUAUAAACGUGGGUGCACAAUUUGUUCAGAGGAUUGUGUGAAUAGUCCGUUCAUGUGCAAAACAGAUAAUGGGUUUCCAUGCGUAUGUUGAUCAUCCAUUUUCUUGUUUUUUUUUAUAAAGCAAAUAUAACCUGAAUAUGCAUUAUCUUUAACAUCUACCCUCCAUGUAAAGAAUCAGCAUUGUUGCAUCGCAAGGAUUUAAAAUAGAACUAAUGAAUAGUUUAUUUUUUUAAAAUUGGUUGCUUAAUGCUAGGUCAUUGUAAACCUUGACUAAAAUUUGCAUGUUUAAUAGGUGUAAAUAUUAAAUAAGCGUAGGGCUAAUUUCUAAAUAAUUACUGGCAAGUGCACAUAAAGCUUAUUGCUCAGGCUCUGCUCUUAGUUUGUUGGCACAAAUGACCUCCAUUUUUUCAGCUUGCCCUCGGGGAUUGAUAACUUUUAAUUUUUUGUUUAAUGAGGUUAAUAAAUUAAGGUGAUAACUCUGACACUUUGUAAGAACCUUCCAAAUAAGUUGCAUAGGCCAGCUUUGUUUACCAGUGGUCUCUUUAAUAUUUCAUGAAUGUAUCAAUAACAUUACUAUGAAUUGGUAUCUGACAGAAGUACUGUGAAGGUCAUUUUUUUGUUUUGUCAGACUACCAUGGAUGGUGUUACAGUGAAAUGUUUUAGAAACAUAGAAACAUAGAAAAUAGGUGCAGGAGUAGGCCAUUCGGCCCUUCGAGCCUGCACCGCCAUUUAUUAUGAUCAUGGCUGAUCAUCCAACUCAGAACCCCGCCCCAGCCUUCCCUCCAUGC